AUGGGGCGUGCAAUUCCCAUAUUUGUGAACAGUGAUAGUAGAGAGACAGAUAUGGUGUUCGUCGACACUCCUAUCACUCAAACCAUUGCCUCAUUCACAGGACUUACUCCACGGAUCCGUUUGGAACCAAUGAUUACUAUAUUAAGCAGUGUUUAUCCAAUCAUUCAAAACGAUUCAUUUGGCAGCUCUUGUCUAUAUUAUCAAAAUAAAUCGGGAACAAAAUCAGAGAUUGAUUUACUGAAAAGAGGUCUAAACAAUACUCCCGAAGAUAUCUUAUCAAACGCUCCGAAUCUGUUCUCACAGAAGAAGACACUUCGCGUACAAAUUGUUUUCAACAAAACCCAUGUUUUCAUUGCCUCUCAAACUCACGUCAAAAUGAUUGAAAACGCAAUCUCUUUGACCACAACUAAAGUCACUCAUAUAUCGCAAGAGAAAUAUCUCGAAUAUUUUGUUGGCUUUGUUUACAGUAAAUAUUUGGAUCCAUUUGUGGCUCAAAAAUAUGACGAUAUAGUUUACAGCGCUUUGGAGACCGGGAUAUACCAGAAAUGGGCCGAUGAUAUCGUUGAAGUCGCCUCUCAUAUCUACGGCAGCAAUGAAGAGCCCAUCGUUAUCACCGAAUCGGACAAUAAGUUUGUUAUCAAACUUUGGGACCGUGUUGUCAGCGGUUUUCCAGUCGACAACCCAUGUCUGGCCCUCUUUGCCGGCAUUCAAAUCGAGGUUCGCGUGAAUGAAUGUCGAGUCGUCUCUCGACUCAACAAAUGCAACGGGUUUUCCAUUGACGGAAGCCGUUAUAUUUGA